AUGACACAUCAAGAUCUCUCUUUUAAACUGAUAUGGUCUUACAUUACCGCAUUACCGCAUGCAUGUUAUUGGAGUAAUUACGAUGAAUUCAACUUUCGCGGUGGAGAGACUGGGUUUGACGAACAAGAAUCAAAGCUACCCACCUACUGGAACACAUCCUUCUCCAAGAUCUGUCUUGGAAUGAAGAUCAACCAACAGCUCAGUUUUAUUGUUGUCAACAGGCUGGCUGACUCUCUGCACUCGAUAAUUGCUAGUGGCCAAUACCGAAAGACGUCCCUGGGUCGCGACGAUUGGAAAAAGUUGAUUGGCAACAACGCCUCUUUACAGCAAAACUGUAACAAGGAAGGAUUCAAUGCCUUUAGUGGUCGAAGUGAUCGUUCUAAAGUCAGAAUUGGUAUUGUCAGCAAUAGGGAGAACGACUGCGAUUCGUGCAACUCUUUGAUUGGAUUUGGAACAGGAAGUCACCCUAAUGACGCAAAAUCUUGUGGAAACGAGGCACGCAAAGGACACAAGAGUAUAAAAGCCAUGGGGUACAUAUUGGUGCAAUAAAACUACACUUUGUUGUGUUAAGUCC